AUUCAUAGUUUUUUUGGUGUGAGCAGAACUUUCUUGUGUUUAGAAAAGAUGUCGGAAUCACAGUUGGUGUCUUCCAAAGUCUCUAAACAGAAACGAGAUGAAGAUGAAGAUUAUUUAUCCAAUACUGAAAUGUACUCGAGUGAGACUGUAGAGGAUGGUGAGAAGGAGACCGUACAAGGUCCUACAGAAGAGGAAUUACAAGCUCCGGAUCUCCAGAGGAAAGGAUGGGACGUUACUUGUUUGACAAAGAACCCGAAGAACUUCGCAAUCAUGGUGGGAGUAUUAUCUAGUGUUGGUGCAGUUUUGUAUGGUCUCGAUGUAAGCCUUAUCAGUGGUGUACUGCUCUUUGUGGUUAGUGACUUGAACUUGACUUCUCACCAAAGUUCUUUGGUGUCAAGUGGUAUGGCUUUAGGAGCCAUUGGUGGUGGAUUUCUGGGUAUCGUUUUAGUAGAAUAUAUUGGAAGAAAGCGGAGUAUUCUUAUCGCUUGUGUUCUUUACACUGUUGGUGCUCUAAUGGAGGCACUCUCACCGUCAUUUGGUGUCCUUAUUUCAGGGAGACUGGUACUUGGUUUGGGUGUGGGUAUUGAAUAUGAUGCUAUACCUCUUUAUAUUUCAGAAUCUUCACCUAAGAAUAGACGAGGGGACUUGGUAGCUCUAUUCCAGUUGAUGGCCUUUUUUGGAGUCAUGCUUGGUUAUGUAGUGGAUGCUAUCUUUGCAAACGUAAGCGGUUCAUGGCGCUUCAUGUUUGGUUCUUCUAUUGUUUUCUCUGUUGCUUAUUUCUUGCUCAUGUUGGUAUUCCCAGAGAGUCCUCGAUGGCUUAUGAAGAGGGGUCGUGAACGGGAUGCUUUGAGGAAUUGGAAGUAUAUGAGAGGUUUUGCUCAUGAAGAGCGACUAGAGUAUGUCAAUAUGGUUGAGAUAGUACAAACAGAGUUGGAAUUAAGUCGCCGAAGAAAUAUUUGGUUAGAUUUUAUUCGUGUUCCAGAACUUCGAUAUGCAGUUGUUUAUGCUAUUUUGAUGAUAUUCUUGCAACAAUUUUCAGGUGUCAACUCCAUUGAAUAUUACCUUGGAACUUUAUACGAAGAUAUUGGAAUGUCCAAGUUAGAUUCUGUCUAUAUGAGUCUUAUUAAUGGAGGCUGUUUAUUCAUUUCAACCUUACCAGCAGUAUUUUUGAUGGAUAAAGUUGGAAGAAGACCAUUGGUAUUGUUAUUGGCACCAUUCACAGUUAUUGGUUUGGCUAUUGCAGGUGCAUCCACAUAUAUCAAACAAAAGAAGGGGCAUGUGGCAGCUUACACUUUGGGAAUGGUCAUCUAUGAUUUAUUUUGGGGUAGUGCUUUAGGUGCAGUACCCAUUGCAGUUAACUCUGAAGUUUAUCCACAAUAUCUACGUACAAAUGGUAUGAGCAUUGCUGUGAUAGCCACUUUUGUAGGAACCUUCACUACAACGUAUACAUUUUCUAGAAUGGUCAAGUCAAUGACACAAUUGGGUACACUGCUUGGUUUCUAUGGUGGAGUCACAUUUGUUGGUUGGGCCACUUGUAUUUUGUUCAUGCCGGAGACGAAGGAUCUCACUUUGGAACAAGUAAGACAAGUAUUUUUAAAGGGCCCUUUUGGAAUAGCAAAAGAAAAUAAGAGAAUCUUGAGCAGGCAAUUCUCAAACGCCAAGAACAGGGUAAAAUCAUUCUUUGGAAUAAGUUCCUAAGAAGUAGUCUCGGGCGUUGGUUCUUUAUUGUAUUUUGAAUGGCUAUCAUGAAUUUAGUUAUUUUGAUUAUAUUGAUUUUCAAAUAAAGUUUUCUUGCAAGUU